UAAUUUUAAAACCCGGUACAUUUUAAGGCUUUUCCGGGCAUCCAAUUCCUCUUCUUUCUUUAGCUGCUGACCGACGGGUAUCCCGGGACACACCUCUGUGCGGUUGCGUGAGUUGUCUGCUAUAAGAUAGCAAGUUUUGGGGCACCUCUAGUUUUGAUUGGGUUUUUUGUUUUCGCCGAUCACGUCUCACGCCGGGUAGCUGGUCGGCCAUCAGAAGGUCAGCGCAACUGCUGCUGAGCACCUUUGAGCGACUCCUGAACAGCUCUACUCUUGGACUGUGCGCCAUUUCUGUCUUCUACGAUAAGGAAAUGGCACUAAGAGCACCCAUAGCAGGAAUAAGCACAUCUUCAACUCUGUUUGCUCCGUCAUGUAACUACAAUAGGGUAGUGGUCAAUGUGAAGGCUUCAUCUUUGGGAACUUGCUUUUUUGGUCGUAAAGUUGGAGCUCUAAAGCUUGCAGUUGAACAGCGUCCUCAUUUUAAUAGAUUCAGAACUGGUGCCCUUAGUACUCGCAGUAAUUUGUUCGAGAGAUUUGCCAGAGUAGUUAAGUCUUAUGCUAAUGCCAUCAUUAGCUCUUUCGAAGACCCAGAGAAGAUCCUGGAGCAAACAGUGCUAGAAAUGAACAACGAUUUGAUAAAAUUGCGUCAAACUACAGCACAGGUCUUGGCUUCACAGAAGCAGAUGGAAAACAGAUACAAAGCUGCACAACAAGCAUCUGAGGACUGGUAUCGUAGAGCGCAACUUGCUCUUGGAAAGGGAGACGAGGAUCUUGCACGUGAAGCUCUCAAGCGAAGAAAAUCUUAUGCUGAUAAUGCAAAUGCAUUGAAGGCUCAGCUUGAUCAGCAAAAGGGUGUGGUUGACAAUCUGGUCAACAAUACACGGCUUUUGGAGAGCAAGAUACAAGAAGCAAAGUCAAAAAAAGAUACACUAAAAGCACGCGCUCAAUCUGCUAAGACUGCAACCAAAGUAUCUGAGAUGCUUGGGAAUGUAAACACUAGCAGUGCCCUUUCAGCCUUUGAAAGAAUGGAGGAAAAAGUUAUGACCAUGGAAUCUCAAGCAGAUGCUCUUAACCAGUUAACAAGUGAUGAACUUGAAGGAAAGUUUGCGAUGUUGGAGAGCUCUUCAGUUGACAGUGAUCUUGAUGAACUAAAAAAAGAAUUGGGUGGAAAAUCAAAGAAAGGUGAGCUUCCGCCUGGCAGAACGCCCAUUGCCAGCACAAGGUCAUUGCAGUUUCAGGAUGCUGACAUUGAGAAAGAACUGAAUGAACUACGGAGGAGGGCUAAUGAUUUAUAGGUAUCAUGGACGAUCUUGAGUCAUUUUUUUCACUUUGGUACAAUUCCAAUAUAAAUGAAUUAAGUGCAACAAGGAAUUGCCAUUGCCAGCACAAGGUCAUUUCUGUUUACCAUCUGACGAUUCAAACUUCUGAAAGAGCAAAGGUUUUAUAUUACGGCUUUAUCAUCUUCUAUAUUUUGUAUAAGGCGGAAACGGGUGCAACAAAGAAUUGCCAUUGAAGAGGCAGGCCUGGUUAGAGGGAAAGUCGUAAUUAGAAGAGUGAUAGUGUGAUCAGUUUUGAUAUUAUUUUACCUGCUUGUAUGGAUAAUAAUAGCCCACACUUGGACGUCCAUAUGUGAGUUAUUCUACCAUUGUAUAUGAAAUUGAUCGCCUAGAAUCUAUUUACUAUCAGACGAUUCAAACUUCUCAAAGAGUGAAGGUUUGGC